GAUUCACUGAUAGUAAACCUUCGGCAUGCGUGAAAUAGUUCACCUUCAGGUGGGGCAGUGUGGUAAUCAGAUUGGAUCUAAAUUCUGGGAGGUGAUAUCCGAUGAGCAUGGAAUCGAUGCCACUGGACGCUACAAUGGAGACUCCCCAUUGCAACUCGAACGUAUCAGCGUCUACUACAAUGAGGCUAGUGGUGGCAAAUACGUCCCUCGGGCUGUGCUGGUUGAUCUGGAACCGGGUACCAUGGACAGUGUGCGUUCGGGACCGUUUGGUCAACUAUUCCGACCGGACAACUUUGUGUUUGGCCAAAGUGGUGCCGGAAACAAUUGGGCCAAAGGUCAUUACACCGAAGGUGCCGAACUGAUCGACAAUGUUUUAGAUGUGGUCAGAAAAGAGGCUGAAUCAACCGAUUCUCUGCAGGGCUUUCAACUGACUCACUCGCUUGGCGGUGGGACAGGAUCUGGAAUGGGCACUCUACUCAUCUCGAAGAUCAGAGAAGAGUACCCGGACAGAAUAAUGGCGACGUUCUCGGUGGUUCCAUCACCUAAAGUCUCUGAUACGGUCGUCGAGCCCUACAACGCCACUCUGUCUGUGCACCAGUUGGUCGAGAAUACGGACGAAACGUUCUGCAUCGACAACGAGGCACUGUACGAUAUCUGCUUCCGUACACUCAAGCUGACCACUCCGACGUACGGAGACCUGAAUCACUUGGUCAGCGUUACCAUGUCUGGAGUGACAACCUGUCUUCGAUUCCCAGGGCAGUUGAAUGCGGACUUGCGCAAGCUGGCUGUGAAUAUGGUUCCGUUUCCCCGUUUGCACUUCUUCAUGCCUGGUUUCGCCCCACUCACAAGCCGCAGUAGCCAACAGUUCCGCGCCGCUUCUGUGCCUGAGUUGAUCCAGCAAAUGUUUGACGCAAAAAAUAUGAUGGCAGCCUGCGAUCCACGCCAGGGUCGAUAUCUGACUGUCGCAGCCAUGUUCCGUGGCCGGAUGUCUAUGAAAGAAGUCGACGAUCAGAUGUUGAACAUUCAGAACAAGAACUCUAGUUACUUUGUCGAAUGGAUACCGAACAAUGUCAAAACAGCCGUGUGUGACAUUCCACCUAGGGGUCUGAAGAUGUCAGCUACAUUUAUUGGCAAUAGCACAGCUAUCCAGUCACUGUUUGUACGCAUAUCAGAACAGUUUAGCGCAAUGUUCCGUCGUAAAGCUUUCCUUCAUUGGUAUACGGGGGAGGGGAUGGACGAAAUGGAAUUCACAGAGGCCGAGUCGAAUCUAAACGAUUUGGUUAGUGAAUAUCAACAAUACCAAGAAGCCACUGUUGACGAUGCAACCGACUUCGGACCAGAGUUUGAUGAAGCGUAGUGAGCUUGAAUAACAAGAAAAAUCAUUCUCCUUUUCGUCACUGUGUGUUGUGCAGGUUUUGAACUCAAAUUUCUCAAAUUUUCGAAUACAUGUUAAGCUUAACUACCUUAUAAAUACUUACUCUACUUUAUCGCUUUAUGCACAACAGAUGUAGUGCAGCAAUUGCUAAUUUUUAAAGCUUCCUUAAUUUGAAUAUUUUUGAUCGCUAUUUCUUGCUUGAAUACUAAACUACCUCAGGUUUUGUGACAAUGAACUUUGAGUACAAUCAAAAUGUAGCCUUGACAAAUAGUAAAUAUUUUUAAACGGAUUACUCAACUCGUUGGUCGUCCCUUCGAAAGACUGAAAAAACAUAUACUCAAGAGUACUGCAAAUGACAUUUGUACCUUACAAAAUAUUUAUUUUUGGACUGAUGUAAAUGUUACUUUUGACAAUCGCAGCUCGAGAAUCGUGGAGAGGGGAUAACUAACCGAAAGAAUACAUGACCAGUUUUUUAGCUGUGAAUCACAUAUGUAUCAACUCGUCGCUUUAUGUAAUCAUAAAAUACACAGCCUAAUACGAAAAUGUUUAC